CCUGUGCUGUGGCGGAAGUGAAGAGGCGCUCCUUCAGCCAGCCAGCACGCCGACAGAAAGAUGACAUUGCCCAGCAACACCACACACCCAGGACGGCUCUUCAUCUUCCCGUCUUAGCCAGCGAGCAGCUAGACUGUGCCGAGUUAUGGCGAGCGCACAAAGAGGAGAGCAUGGCAUUUGCAGGGAUGCUGCGAGAUCAGGACAUCGCCGCUGCCGUGCGCUCGUGUCAAGCUCCGGGCACCUUCAACUACAAAACCUUCUUUGCACAAGUGGGACUGGCCGACUUAUCCCAGGCAAACUGGAGAAAAAUGUUCACAGUCUUGGACCAGGACAGGAGUGGAUUCAUUGAGGAGGAGGAGCUAAGACUAUUCCUUCAGAAUUUCUCUCCCGGUGCAAGAGAGCUGACUGUGGCUGAAACCAGGACUAUGAUGGCUGCAGGAGAUAGAGACGGUGAUGGCAAGAUUGGAAUAGAAGAGUUCUGUGAUCUGUUUAAAUAAAGAUACUAAACCUCAACGGCCAUGACGGUCUGUCCCCGUUUUAAGGAACUGGAUGAGAUUCCUGACUUUCCCCCCAUUGUUUCCAUGCAAAGACCUCCUAUGUUUUCAACUCGCCUGCCUGCCUGCUGCUCCUUGUUGGUUUGACAUCAAUAUAAUAAG